AUGGGGGAAGAGGUGAAGACGAGCGAGUACGACGAAGAGCGCGUCAUGGAGUGGGAGGUGGGUCUCCCCACCGCCAACGAUCUCACGCCUCUCUCACAGCCGCUGAUUCCGCCGGAGCUGGCCUCCGCCUUCAGCAUCUCUCCGGAGCCGCACCGCACCGUCCUCGACGUCAACCGCGCCUCGCGCAACACGCUCUCCACUCUCCGCGGUGGCGGGAGUGUACACCAGGCCUUCUCCUCCUCCAACAACCACCAACACCACGAGGAGGAGGACGAGGACGAGGAGGAUGAUACCGAUCGCGACGGCUCGGGGUCGGAUUCCAGGAAGCAUCGGAAGAUCGAGUGCGUGGCGGAGGAGGCUGACUCGGCGGUGCGGACGGAUAACUCGGCGGAGCGGACGGCGGUGAAGCGGCCGCGGCUGGUGUGGACCCCGCAGCUGCACAAGCGGUUUGUGGACGUGGUGGCGCACCUUGGGAUCAAGAACGCAGUGCCGAAGACUAUUAUGCAGUUGAUGAACGUGGAAGGGUUGACCCGCGAGAAUGUGGCGAGCCAUCUUCAGAAGUAUCGGCUUUACCUGAAGCGGAUGCAGGGUCUCUCCAACGAAGGUCCUUCUUCAUCGGAUCAGUUAUUCGCUUCCACACCUGUGCCUCAGAGUUUGCACGAGUCUGCUCCUCCCAGUGCCCAUUCCCAUGGUCACUCCCAUGGCCAUGCCAAUGCUCAUCUCCCCGUUCCCAUGAUGUCCAUGCCCUAUCCCCCUCCCAUGAUGUCGAUGCCUGUCCUCGGCAUGCCCCAUGCCCAUGGCCACAUGGGCCUCCCCAUGCCCACUUCUUCCGCCACCUCCGCUUACCAUCCUUACAACAUGCUUCACCAAAGGGAUUGGGCUCACCUUGCUCCUAAUGAUAAAUGA